GGGCUGCCUCGGAACAUCACCUCAGAUCAAGAAGCCCGUUUUACGGCAAAGGAAGUGCUGCAACAUUGGGUGCGUGAUGAUGGGACCCACUGGUCUGGCAUGUACCAAAUCGCGGGAAGCAUCCGGCUUCAUAGAAUGAUGGGUUGCUUUGCAAAAGCUCAGCUAAGGCCCCAGCUCGAGGAUGAUGCCCAGGCUGGGCGCGGUCACCGGAAUGUAGCUGACCUGUGGUGCUGUGUCCCCAGUUGCUGGAAUACACAGGAAUCAAGGGGGGGUGUGGGCUCAGUCCCUUUGACCACCACUCUCAGUGCUCCCCUCGCAUCAGGUGAGAGGAGGUCUGGAACUCAAGCCUGGCAAUGUCAGAAAAUGGGCCCUUGCAGCAACCGUCGCCUGACAAGGCCAAGUCAACUGAGGGCCCAGAGCCCUCGGAUGUGGGCCUGACUCAACCCAUCAGGCACACAACCUAGACUAGCUGGCAAGAAAAUCUAGAAUAGGUGGUGGAGAAGGAAGGUAACGAGCAGUAAUUUCAGCCUCGACUUGCUGUACCGGUGAAGGGUGGUGGCUCAUCCCUCUGUCCUGUGUCCUUUCACUAGCUCAUGGCUGGCCACUACCUUGAAGACUGUGUGACAGAAUGGACUUACUGUGGGGCAGAAGUGGGUUGGAGAGGUACAAGGGGCAGACCAGGGUAGACUAUUUGGGUGCCCUGCGUCGCAUCCUCCUUGUCACCCUCUGAUUUCAGCUGCAGCCAUGGGAGAUGUUCUUUGUGAGCUUUGACUCAUUUUGACGGCACCCCCAAUUGCAGCACAGGGAGUGCAUCAUCCUGAUGUCUUUUCUAGGGCCUUCUUCAAAGCCACAGGGGUCUGUUUGGCUUGCAUGGCUCAAAUGCAGCCCAAAGUUAGGGGAGUUUAAUGGCCCUGGGACAAUCCUCAACAAUGAAGGAUGGGGAGCCACUGGAUAGAUGCCCCCACCGCACGUGCCCUACCCGAGGGAUAAAUGCCCAGCCUUACAUCUUUUGGUUGGACAAUUCUGGGAGGCAUUCCCUGUGCCUCUCAGGAGAUUCCCAGUGUAAGGGAGCCCCCACUGCUCACAGCGGUGACUUUGAUGUUGGACCUCAUAUUGAUUUUCCUCCUUUGCUCUCUCACAGUCCUCCAUUCCUCAUUCCUAUUUCCUGAGACCACCUCCCAGUUAAACCACCUGCACCUGAGUCCUUGUCUCAGGCUCUGCUUCUGGGAGAAUCCAAACUAAGACCAGAAGAGAGUCCAGAGUUCACUCUGCACUUAACAGGCUGAAGAGACAUUUUGUUUCCAGGCAGUGACCACAUGACUAUUGGAGAUAUAGAUUUAUACAGAAAACCCACGUUUAAAGUGACCAGUGGAAGAGAAGCACCCUUUUAAGGCAGUGGUUUUCAGCCAGGGGCCAUUUUGCCCAUAGAGGCCAUUUGACAAAGCCCGAGGACGUUUUGGUUGUCACAAUGAUGGGUGGGGAAGGGUAGAGAGAAGUCAGAUGCUGCUCCAGGCAUUUAGUGAGUAGAGGUCAGGGAUGCUGCUAAACAUCCAACAAUGUACAAGUCAAGUCCUCAUAACAAAGAAUGACCCAGCCCCAGUUGUCAAUAGUGUUCUAAGGAGAUUGCAAAGGGGCAGCCGAAGCAGCAGGAAGAAAACUGGGAGGGAGUGGUGACAGCCAGAGUUGCCUGGGGGCUAGAAGGGCCAGCCGGCCAAUGCUGUAGGCGGUCAGGGGAGGGAGGGACCAAUAAUUGUCUAGUGUAGAUAGGACCUUCGUCCAGGCAGUUUCCUCAGCUGAGGUGCACAAGUCUGUUGGUGUGGAGGAAGGCAUGAGGGAAAGGCAGUGAGGACAAGGACAGACCUUCCUCAGGAGCUCGGAGGUGAACGAAAGGAAGGGCUGCUGAGACUGGCUGGAAGGAGCAGUAGAGUGGAGGAAGAGUUUGAAAAGAUCCUGGAAAGACAAAUGUCAUCUGUAUUUGAUGAUCAGGAACCAUGGGGACACGGACGGGGACGACUGAUGGUAGAUAGAGCCCCUGGACAUCCGUGCUGCCAAACCCCAGAACACAGGAGCACUAACUCGGGUCAGGUAAGGAAAACCUUCCUCUGAAGCUGGACGCGGGAGGGCAUGGGAGCAGUUACACAGGCAGCUGUGGAGGAGAGAGUGUAGACUGUCCAGGGGUUAACCCCGGGCCUUUUGGUUCUUCCAAAGUCUAGGAAAAGCUGUCUGCAGGGUGUGAGGGGAGAGGUGCAGGGUGGGAACCUUUUUAAGGACUCCCUGAUGAUAGAUUAUGUAUGGUUGUUGAUCGUAUUGCGACUGGUAUCGCUCUGCUCUCCCGAAAGAGUCUCUUUGGGAAGUCUGUCCUUUUUAUUGCCUGGUGUGUUCCUGAGGCUAUUGUGGACACUCAGGUCUCCCCUGAGACACUGGCGGCCACUCCUCUGCAGAAUGCCUGCAGAGAUCCAGAGUUCUCUCCCGAGAGGUUUGUGGACUUGGGGCAUUUAAGCGUUGGGGUCACCUCUUCCUCCUGGUUUCUGCGUCUGUAUGGGCUCUCUCUGCCACGGCUUCAAACUUGGACAUGAAGCCCUUCUCUCAGUUCUGCGGAACCACCUCACGCCAAACGUUUGUCUUGUGGCCGGGCCUGGGGUCAUGCAGUGCCCACCCUCGAGCCAUGUUGUGAGCCCUCUUCCUCUUCCCUUCCCUGCCCCUCAUGUGUUCCCUGCAAAUCGUCCGCAUCCCCGCAUCCUCCUCCCCCUGUUUACUCAGCCCUCCCAAGCUCCCCGCCCCUGACCCAGACCGUCAUGGUGUACCGCAGACAAGAAGGCUUUCUGUUAGAUUCAUCCUCUAACAGAAGGUGGUUCUGGUUGAACUGCAUGAAAAUGUGCUUUUCCCAUAAGACUACAGAUUCGGCAGCUAGGGUUUGGGCGCACAAACCCGGUGCAGCUACUCACUAGAAAGCAGAAGGCCCCCCUCUCUGAGGUCAUAGACUCACCUUGCAAGGUAUCAGCUCCUCCAGGGAGAGUGUGGGGAGGAGUGAAAAGGCAGAGUUAAGCUAGAGGUGUAUAGAAGGCCCAACUGGGACAAUGUCCCAACCCACCCCCUCCUCAUUUUGUCUCCUGAGGGCCAGCUGAGAGGUCAGAAGGCCCGGCGACUGGGACUUGUUCCUCUGCUUGUCAACCUUGUGAUCUUCGGCCUCCAUGUUCUCAAGGAGAAUGAGGGAGCAAAAGAUUUAAUGAAAGAGGAUCUGUGAAUAUGUGCCUCAGAGUAGCUACUGUUCUGGAUGCCACAUUCCCUCCACUUCUGCAACAAGAAAAAGAUAGCUGUCACUACAAAUGCCUGUCCAACUAUGGAUGACAUUUCUCGGCCUCUCCUCUGUCUUCAUCUGGGUGGGGCCAUGUGCCUAAUCCUUGCCAAAGGCACUGAGUCGAAGUGAUGGGUCAAUUCCAAGACAAGAAGUGUCGGCUGUUAAGAAGCAGGUGCCUCCCGGUUGAUCUUAGUUUAGGACAUGGGCAGAGAGCUGGAGACAGAAGCGUCCCAGUGGAGGGCACAGUUCGUGGAUUUCAAAGCAAGGCUCAGGAAAACAGCGUGGUGUGGAUUUCAAAGCAAGGCUCAGGAAAAAAGCUCACAAAGGUAAGCAUAGAAUGACCAUAUGACCUAGCAAUUCCACUCCUAGGCUUACACCCCAAAGCACUGAAAACAGGGACUCAGAAGAUGCUGGUACACCAGCAUUCAUCGUAGCAAUAGCCACAAUAGCCAAAAGGUGGAAACGUCCCAAGAGUCCAUUCACAGAUGACUGGAAAAACAAAAUAUGGUCUAUCUAUACACUGGGAAAAUAGUCCGCCCUAAAAAGGAAUGAAGUUCUGACACAGGCUACGACACGGAGAAGCCUUGACAAUGGUGAAAUAAGCCAGUCACAACAGGACAAAUGUUGCAUGAUUCCACUUAUAUGAGGUAUCUAGGAGAGGCAAAUGCAUAGAGACAGAAAGCAGGUUAGAGGCACCCAGGGGCCAGGGGGAGGGAGAAUGGGGUGCUUAAUGGGUACAGAGUUUCUGUUUGGGGUGAUGGAAAAGUUCUGGAAAUAGUGGUGAUGAUUGUACAGCAUUAUAUCUGAAGGCACUUAGUGCUAACGCAAAUGCACUUGAUAUAAAUUUACACUAAAAACGGUCGAAGUGGUGAAUUUUAUGUUACGUGUAUUUUACCAUAAUAAAACAAAACCAAACCAAAAAGUGAGGCUCAGAUUUUGCCCACGUUGAGACUGUUUGCACCUCCCAUUAGGCAACGUGGAGAAACAAAAACGACUCAGACAUCGUCGGUGCCUGGAGGAAGCAGGGCAGAUGAGGGGAUCCGAGAACACGGGCAAAAUAACGCAGGGCUGGUUCAGGCCCAUGCUGGGGCCGAGGAGAGGGCAUGGCCAGGGUGAGCAGGGGUCAGAGGUGUGCAUCUGGGAGGGCGUCCUGGCAGAGGGGUGAACCAGGAAUGGCAAAUCGAAAUGCCUCAGGGACAGGCAGGUAAUGCUAUAAGAUGCACUAGCCAGUAUAGGGAGUAGAUCACAGGGAGAGGGGUUAUGUGGCAGAGUGAGAAGCCUUGAAAUAAAAAUCAAACACACCCAGCGUUCUGCUGGCUAAGCAGUCACACCUGCAAAGCCCCCGCCUCUGCUGCCCCAUAUGUCCUGGGCUGGCUCGUCCUGGCCGGCCGAGAAAUGCUGUGGUGCCCUGUACUCUCACCUCAGCGGGUUUCCAGGUGUCUCACGGUCCCCCGACCCCCUGGGCUGUGCAGGGACCUGGGACUCACUCUCUCAGCCUUGGAUAGAAGCAUCUAGGAUGAACGAGCCACGGACCCCUGGCUGUACGCUUCAGACUCCCAUCAGCCGUUACCACUGUAACCUCACGUAAGGCCAAGUCAGAAGCCCAAAAGGGUUUAAGAGUCCAAGGGUCAGGGAGGAGUGUCAGCACAGGCAGGGGCUCUGAAGAACAUCCAGGUGAGCCCCUCGAUAUACAGAUGGGUGGAUGGGACCCAGAAGGACAGACACAUGAGGAAGGAGCCCCUUGUCGCGGGAAGUAUUCCUGCUGAGUGACCACUCACGGGUGAUGGUACAGCGAAAAUUCCCUCCCUGAGUUGGGGGAUGGACUGGAUUUUGUGAACUUUCCCUUCCGUGUCAGAGAGUCCCUGAUCCAAGGCCCCCCACAAACCCCUUCUCCCUGUGGAUGGCAGCUCAUUUCCUUCUUCAUUCAAUUUGAACACUCCCCAUCUGGCUUUGCUUUGGAGCAGUUAUUAUUUGUCAUCAACAUCAAUUCAGCCCUAAUGAUGUAACCUGAACGCAUUGUGGGGUGUCAAGCCUGGACCCCAGCUGCCUCGCAGGGGACAUCCCCAGGUCUAGAUGGCCUCGGACUUCUUCUUACCUCCCUCUGGGCCCUUUAGGGGGUAGAGGCUGGACCUCUGCCCUAAGCCCCUCCCUGUCUUGAGGACCAGCCUCUGGAGGCCUCUCAAACCCACCCCCCUGCCAGGCCCAAACCUGAAACUCCUAUCUUUGGAGCUUGACCCAGGGCACACAUAGCCAGUGAAGCAGGGACAGGAGACCCAGGAGAGGGGAAAGAGAGAGACAGAGCCUCUGCAGGUCAGUCUGGCAGAUGUGGUGAACACACUAAGAAGGGCUGAGCAUGUACUUCCUGAGCUGUGGGAAGAUUCAGCAUCAAGGGCCGACAGGUCAGAGAGGGGCACUUGGAUAAAUUUACUUGAGCACUCACUGCUUUUUCCUAAGGCCUCGUUUUUAAGCCACUGAGUGAGGGGUAGUGGUGUUUGACGGUGUUGUGGCUGAUUUGGGGACAAAUGUGGAGGAGAUGGGCCAAGAAGCCUAGGCCCCUCAAGUUCCACUGUAAAGUGAGGCCAAUGCCUCCAACGCCACCCUGGGUUCUGGGCGUUGGGACCUAGAGUGACAGGAUGCCCAUGCCAGCAACAUGCAGUGUCCUGUAGUUGGAGUGACCAGGCCUAGGGGGCAACCCCAAGUGUAAAUUUGGUGCCCUGGACUUGGACAAAGGGACCUAACUUCUCGGAGCCUCAGUUUCCUCCCCAUGCCCACUUCAGGGAAGGGUGAGGGGCACCGUGGGGAAGGCAUGAGGACGGCCUCGGGCCCCAAACCGUCUCAUCUCCACACCCUGUCUCUUCCCUCAGCACCCUCCCAGGCCCCAUCUCCAAAGGGACGGACUGCCCAAUACUAACACAGAGCUCGCCGGGGGGCCGGUUAGACACUGGCUGCCCAGUCAGAAAGUGGGUUGAGGAUCCAAAUGUUGGCCUGAGAGUCUGAUUUUUUUAAAAAAGAAAAUCCUCUGCUCCUGUUGGAUUAGAAAUUGUUUUGUUCUCCCUCAGUAGGCCCAGAGCAGCAGGGCCAGAAGUGGAAGUGUUUUUAAAGUCACUCUCUUGCUCGAGACGGCACUGUGGCUCCCCAUUGCCAAUAGGUAGGCAUUGAACAGCCACCCGAGCCGCAACGUGCUGUGCAAAGCAGACACAGCAGAAGCUGUCCUUGGGGCUGACAAUCUAGACCUCAUAGCUGGGUUGCUUCCAGAUAGCCCUUCACCAUCUGCAUGAGAUUUACCAGGGAGGAGGCAGGGCUCACUAAAAUGCAGACUCCCAGGUCCUGCUCUGGGCCCUCCUGGUCAGACUCUCAGGGGCUGGGACCUCUGAAGCAAGUUCUCCAUUAGAGUCUUUUGCACACUGAGGUACGAGAACCAGCCCCCCAAGGAUUGUGGAUCUAGGGACUGCCUUCUGCCCCCAACAUGGAUUUCCACCCCUCACUCAGCCCCACCAAUCAAGAAAAAAGAAUGAGGGAACUAAGGAAUAAGAUAAAGUCAUAAUGCCCCCAUUGCCCACCAAGACAGGCUAAGCCAUUCAUCUUGUCACACCCAAUUUGUUCCAGCGGCCCUUAACAUUUGCUGAUUACAUUUGGCCACAUUCUCCCUGCUUUUCUCUUCCUCAUUGCCUCUUGAUGUGCAUGAAAGUAGUGCCUCUGUUUAGGAACUUAGAACUUAUACGUGUCCAUAAGUUUGAACAAAGCCUCGCAUGUAGCCUCUAUCCAGUACUCACAGAGACACAUACACAGGGGUCAGUGUUCCUGUGGUGAUUUUCCACCUGCCUACAAGUGGGAGACAGUGAGAGAAGGUUACCAAGUAACAAUGGCUUCAAUGAAAUAGACAUGUAAUUUUCUAUUUUAAAGAAGUCAGGGAUUCCUAGGAGAGAGAAAAAAAAAAAAAAAAAGGAAGAAGUCACGAGAGGGCAUCUGGGGCUUACAGAUUGGCUUUAUGAAAUCAUCCAGUGUCCAUACUCUUUCAAACUUGCUUCUCCACCAGCUGCAUGAGAUUCACUUUCCAUUUUAUGGUCAUAGACGGCUGCUCUAGCUCCAGCCCUUACAUCCAUCUUCCAGUUAGCACAAUUGAUAAAGAGGAGAAGAAAGACUCAUCUUUUUGCCUUUAAGAACACUUUCUGGGAGGAAUACAUGAACUUCUGCUUUCAGCCCAGCAGUCAGAACUUAGUUACACAGUCACACCCGGCUGCAAAGGAACCUGGGAAACGUAGUCAUUAUUCUGGGUGGCCAGCUGUCUGAUUAAAAGUCACACAUAUCAUCAAGGAAAAAGGGGGGAAUGUAUAACAGGGACUGCCUGCCAGCACUCUGCCCACCCCUGUAGUCUUCCUCGAUCUGAGGCAUGUUUUCUAUGGUGAUCCUUACAUUUGAGUUGAUUUGUGAAAGUAAAAAACCGCCUCAUGUCAAUAAGAAUAAAAUCAGAGACAAUGUGGAAAAGACAGUAAGAGAAUCAGAUAAUUACAAAGGGAAUGAAAGUAAAGCAUAACUUUUCAGAGACAAGUAUAUGUAAUCACUUUGGAUUUGGGAGCGAUGGGACUUGGGAACCACCGUUGGAGUCUUACAUCCUCAUAAGGGGAGGAGUGCUCAUAAAACAUUCUUUCCCUGGUUAAAAAUGUCAGGGGUGUCUUCUGUUCUUCCUUUAUACUCCUGCGCUCAGGAUUGAUGGGCAGUUCCUACGUCUGACUUUCAACCUCACCCCUUCAUCUCCAUGAUUUCCCGGUCCCUAGAACCUACCCCCAUCCCCAUUCAUUUUGUGCAUAAAUAGAUUUCUUUUCGUGAUCAGUUCACCCCUCUGCUCAGAAACCUCCAGGGUUGCCCAUAGAUUACCAAAUAUAUUCUUAUUUUCUUCACCAGGCACACACACACACACACACACACACUCUAUUCCUAUCAAAUGAAAACACUGGCUGUCUCCCUAAUUCACCAUCUGCCUUGGCUUCUUUGGGGCUCUGAAUUUAGUCACCACUGGCCUUCCUUAUGAGGCUUUGCCUGGUUCCACUGGCUCCUGCCAGAGAAGAACAUGUCCGGGCUAGCUGACGGAGGAUGAGAGGCAGGUGGAGCAGGACCAUCCCACAACCCACAGCUGGUUGUGAGAAGCCAAGCCACUCCAGAUGCCUCAGGGCAGAGCUGGAGCUGGCCAGCCCUGGGAUCUGUGAGAAUAAAUGCUUAUUGUUGUGUGUCACUGUGAUUUUACAGCUAUUUAUUAUGUAAUAUCUUUGCAGCAAUUGCUAACUGAUCUACCUGACUACAUAUGCUCUUCCGUAUCUGAACCCCUGCAGUAUUUUCUGUGUGUCUUUUAGAGUAUGAGUCUCUUCUACCUUGCGAUUGGGUUUGGAUAUGAACACAGACACCCAAAGAAACAGUGGUGAAAAUAAGAUUGGAGUUUAUUUCUCUCUCAUAUGAAGGCUGUGAAGCAGGAUUUCGGCCAACUCCUGGCACCUGGAGCCCUGGUCAGUGCGUGUGCGUGGCAUACAUGGGUCAGCAGUCCUCUCCUGCCUGCUCCAUCCACCCCGUGUCCCAGAUUUUGAAAGCUGUGUCUACCUGAUGCCAACCCAACCUGGAGAUGAACAGGAAUUCUGUCGUCUGUUUUGGAAAACUGUGGAUGUCGACGUGGCUGAUGUGCUAGGAAUCUGCUUUAUUGUAUCCUGUGGACAUUAACUAAUGCGAGGAAGAGUGGAAGACAGCCAUCCUGGUGUGAUGGAGAACCAGUGGGAAGUGGCAGCAAUACUAGGCUAUGUGCCAGGAAACAAGGAUCCUCGUUCUGACUCAUCCAGGAAUGGUGGUGCCCUCGUUCAUAACCCCAUUUCUGAGCCUCAGUUUCCUUAUCCAUGAGACAAGGAGAUGGGCAAAAUAAUAAUCAAAUUUCAUUCUUGGAGAUACCACUAUUUUAUGCUUCUAGAAUUUUCUGUGUUCUAUGCUUCUAGAAUUUAGCCGUGGCUCCACGGCUCUCUGCUCAUUUGAUCCUCACAGUAAACCUUUAAGGUAGUCUGACAGGGGUUAUUAUUAUUCCCAUUGGACAGAUGGUUGCAUUGAGGCUGCGGAAUGGUAAACACCCAAGGUUUCAUUCAAAAUGAAACCCCUUCUCGUAAUGCGAAAUACUUCCUUCUUAGCAGGAGGCUCACGUCUGUGUGCAUGUGGGCAUAUUGGUGAAUGUGGGCAUCUGUUUGUCAUGUUUCUCUGAUGUUUGAGUAAGAAAGGUGCAGCUUGUAAUUGGACUCAUGAUUUCCGCUUUGUCUGAUGGAUAUUCCAUGUCAUGGUAUCAUUCUUGGUCUAUUCCUGGAUGUUUGCUUUUGUCUGAUGAAUGUUCCGUGUUACAGUAUAAUUUACGCUAAAUGCUUUAGGCAAAAAUAAAUAGUGACAGGAGGACAAAGGGUAGUGGGCAAGGGGAGACGGAGAAGUAAAGGGGCAAGAACGAAGAGCUGAAUUGCCACCACCAUUGUAUGUACUGCACGAGUGCAGAGGUCUCUUGAUCUUCACAUUAACCCCAUGAGGAACUAUAAUCACACCCAUUUUACAGAUACUGAAACCAAGGCCUAGAGAAGUUAAGGAACUUGUCCAAGAGCCAGCAUGUGAAGCCAGGCAAUCCGGUUUCAGAGUUUGUAGCCCAACACCCCCCGCUGUCGAGGGCAGGUCGGGUAGUCAUCAGCCUUUGUGAGCUGCUCUGGUAUAAAGUAGGAUUAAAAAAAAAAAAGAAGAGCUACUCAAGCAAGGAAGGUUGCAGAGAAAUUGGGACGCUAUAUACUGCUGGGAGUACUAACUGUGAGUUUAAUCUUUUCAUAAGCCAUGUAUGGCAAGAGCCAUAAAGUUUUUCCAUAUUUGUCAACUCAAGAAUGCCAACCCUAGAAGUUUGCUCUAAGCUUACAGUUUAACAAAAGCAACAAGCUAUAGGCAUGAAGUUUAUCGUGUGAUCUCCAAUAAGGGAAAAGUGGGAGUGAAUUACAUGCCCAAGAGUAGAGUAUGAUUAAUUUCACAGUACCUUCACUUGUUGGAUACUAUGAAAACAUUUAAAAUGAAAAUUAUGAAGAUAAUUAUGUCGAAGGAUGGGGAAAUGUCUCUGAUAAAAUGUUAAGAUUAAAAUGCAGAAUAAAAAAUAUGUAGAUUAUGAUGACAAAUCUGGUCUAUAUGCAUAUUGGCAAAGCCUGAAAUGGAACAGGAGAAAAAUUCUAGUAGUUAAGUGUUUGUUAAGGUCUUCUCAUUUAAAAAAAAUGUUUUAAAAAAUGUUUUAUUUAUUUUUGAGAGAGACAGAGACAGAGACAGAGCAUGAGUGGGGAGGGGCAGAGAGUGAGGGAGACACAGAAUCCCAAACAGGCUCCAGGCUCUGAGCUGUCAGCACAGAGCCUGACGCGGGGCUUGAACCCACCAACAGUGAGAUCACGACCUGAGCCAAAGUCAGUUGCUUAACCAACUGAGCCACCCAGGUGUCCCAGGUCUUCUCAUUUUUUCAAGAAUUUUUAUUAGUGGUGGCAUUGUGUUUAUUUGACAGAUUAUGAAAACAGGAAAGAGCUGGUGGCAGAAGCUUGUUGAAAUGACCUUCCAGAGGGGGGCUUGGGCCUGGCGGGAGAUGUCCUCCCCCAGUUCGCCCCUGUGGGGCAGCCACAGGUGCUUGGUGGGGAAGAAGUCGGAGGGAUAUAUGUGCUUGGGAGGGAGAGAACAGUAUGUCCUGGGAUCCCGCCCUACUGCUGCCACCGGGAACAUGGUAGUUGUCUUGGCAAAGCCAGGCCAUGGUUUUCCCUUUACUGUCUCCUUCUUUGCCUCGCCUCACCCCUGCCACUCUUCAUGCUUUGUCUCAGAAGUCACUUUCCUGGAGUCAAGCCAAUUGCCCCCACCCCGCUUCUCGCACUGGGCUAGGUGCGCCCCCUAGGUGUCCCCUUACCCAGCACCCUAUGCUAAGUUCCAUCUCAGCCCCUAGCAGGCUUUUGGGUGACUGCCUUUACUUGCCUGAGGCCCCGCUGCCCGCAAGGGUUGGAAUAUCAAGGGAUCCUGCAUGGCCUCCCUAUGCCCGGACACAAGCUUAUCAUGUGUUCAAUGAAUGAUCUUCUUUUGCGUUGUCUCUAAAAUGGGGGAAGUUUGGGUUGUAUUAGAUUCCUUUUAGCUCCGUAUACUAUGAUUUUACCAUGUAAAUUUUUUUUUUUUUUUUUUUUUUUUUACCAGACUCGUUAAAUAAAGGAGCCAUUGGGAUUUGAAGACAAGUCCCAAUGUAGGAAACGUCUUCCACCUUGGUGCCUGUGGAUGGGCUCUGGGCACACUCUGGCCUUGGUGUGGGCUAAGAGCUUGGUCUGAGGGUUGUGCGGGGAACUUUCACAGCCCGCGGGCUGAGCGUGCAUGGACACAGUCUUAGCAGUGCACCUGACAUCAGGGCUGUGGGGUGAAGGCUCUUCACUUCUGUCUUGCUUGUACCUGGCAGGCCGGCCACAGGCCACACGUGACACUCCAGCUGUGCCUCCACGUGUAAAUCUGAGGAGCCUCCUAGCCUUGAUGUCAUGUGUGCCAUCCCCCUCCCUCCUCCCCGCCGGCUGAGGAAGUGGGCGUGUCUGUGCACAUGGCUGCUUGUGCCUGUGUCAGAGCAGGGUGAAUGGUGGCCAGGUGGCUCUGGGUUUUUGGCGUGCACAUACUUCAGUGUUAUGAGUGGAUUUCAAUUCAGCAAAUAAUUAUUGUGAGCUUUGUGCUCUGCCAAAGCAACAAAGCGUUGCCACGGGCAGGGAGCCUGGGAGUGUACAUGUCUGCAUUGUGUGUCCCCUCUGUGUGUCUUUGGGAAUGUGCUCUUGGCACGUGUCCUGCCUUAACAAGGCUUUCGGUGUGUGCAUGUCUGUGUGUCGGUGCCUGGGUCCUGUGUGCUGCUGCUUGCUCGCUUUCCACCUUCACUUGUGCCCGCAGUCAGGCUCUGCACGUGCGCCAGCCCCCAUGCGCACGUCCCCGAGUGACCUGUGCGCGGUGUGCAAGGACCUCCGGGUCGUGUGCACUUGGUGCGCUCGUGCCUUUCUCUCCGCACGCACGAACGCACUUCCACAUGUCUGGGUGCACGUCCCCCUCGGUGUGUGCACGUUCCGUGUGCACGCCGCCCGUGUCUGUGUGCAGGGCGCUUCACGCGCGCGCUCGGGCCUGCGGGCGGCCAGGGACCCGCGCCAGGCUCCACGCGCCCCGCGGGGCUGACCUUCCCCCCACCCCUCCCCGCGCCCGGCCGCGGGCCUACGCGAUUGGCCGCCCGCGCCCUCGCAGCCGUCACCCCUCCCUCCCCCCGCCACCCGCGCGCCCGCGGUCCCCGCUGUCCCCCGCGGUUCCGGCGAGGCCGCGCCGCGCUGCGCUCCGCUCCCAUUGGCUGCGCGCGCCUUUGUGUGGCGGCAGCUGCGGCCCCAGCGCCUUUGAAUGUCGAGAGGGGCCGGGAAGGGAGCCUUUCCAUGGGCCAUCUGUCUCCCCGCCAGCCGCCGCCCCACCGCCGCCCGCGCCCCGCGCUCCGCCUCCCGCCCCGGCGGCUCCCGCAGCCCCGCCGCCGCCCGCGCCCGCGCCCCGGAGCCGCGCCACAAAGGGCCCGCGCGCAGCCGCCGCCGCCGCCGCCGCCGCCGCCGCCGCGCGAGGAGCCAGGAUGGUCCUGGUCCACGUCGGCUAUCUCGUGCUUCCAGUGUUUGGCUCUGUGCGAAACAGAGGUGCCCCCUUUCAAAGGUCUCAGCAUCCUCACGCUACCUCCUGCCGCCACUUUCACCUGGGCCCCCCGCAGCCGCAGCAGCUGGCCCCCGACUUCCCCCUGGCGCACCCCGUGCAGUCGCAGCCGGGCCUCAGCGCCCACAUGGCCCCGGCCCACCAGCACAGCGGCACCCUGCACCAGUCGCUGACUCCGCUGCCCACCCUGCAGUUCCAGGACGUCACAGGUCCCUCCUUCCUACCUCAGGCCCUGCACCAGCAAUACCUCCUGCAGCAGCAGCUCCUGGAAGCCCAGCACCGCAGGCUCGUCUCGCACCCGAGGCGGAGUCAGGAGCGUGUGUCUGUCCACCCCCACCGCCUCCACCCCAGCUUCGACUUCGGCCACCAACUCCAGACGCCUCAGCCCAGGUAUUUGGCUGAGGGUACUGACUGGGAUCUCAGCGUGGACGCCGGCUUGAGCCCUGCCCAGUUCCAGGUGCGGCCCAUCCCUCAGCACUAUCAGCAUUACCUAGCAACUCCUCGAAUGCACCACUUUCCCAGAAACUCCUCCUCCACGCAGAUGGUGGUCCAUGAAAUCCGAAACUAUCCUUACCCUCAGCUUCACUUCCUUGCUCUCCAGGGACUGAACCCCAGCAGACACACCUCUGCAGUGCGGGAGAGCUACGAGGAGCUGCUGCAGCUUGAGGACAGGUUGGGAAAUGUGACUCGGGGAGCCGUACAGAACACCAUCGAGAGGUUCACCUUCCCCCACAAAUACAAGAAGCGAAGACCCCAGGAUGGCAAGGGCAAGAAGGAAGAGGGGGAGGAGUCAGACACAGAUGAGAAAUGCACAAUUUGCCUGUCUAUGCUGGAAGAUGGAGAAGAUGUGAGGCGCCUCCCCUGUAUGCACCUCUUCCACCAACUGUGUGUGGACCAGUGGCUCGCCAUGAGCAAGAAAUGUCCCAUCUGCCGAGUGGACAUUGAGACACAACUGGGAGCCGACAGCUGAGGGAGGAAUUAGCCAGUGGACACCCCAUUUUCCUUCACCAGGUCCCCCCCACGGCCAUAGCCCUUCAGCCAAACUUUGCCUUCUGAGCCAUUUGAUGUAGAGGAAAAGCCUGCAAGCACAUUUUGUGGAAAGAGGAGUUGGCGGUAUCAGUGUCUGAGGGAAAGGAGGGGUGGGGGGGCGACCCCCCCCAUCCAGAGCGGUGACUGCCCCCCGCCCCC